AUUUAUUGCUUUAUUCAGCGUUACAAAAUUGCAACUCUGCAAUACAUUUAUUUUUCUUAUACUUACAACACUGAUUAACAUAUUAAACAUUUUUAUUAGUGCACAUUUUAUAUCUAAUACUACAGUGAGAAUUAUAAUCUAAAUUUGGAAAAUGUCUGAACACGAAAUAAAUGGUGGUGAUGAUGAAGUGCAGGACAAAAAGCAAAAAAAACAGACUCGUCACGAUGGCGGAGCUGCAGAUUUGGAACGUGUAACAGAUUAUGCCGAGGAAAAAGAAAUAUCAGCUGCUAAUAUAUCCAGCGCGGUAGAACAAUUUGGCAACCAACGUAGUAAAGAAGAUGAGUUAAAGGUAGCUAAAGAAAAGGAGCUGCAGAAAGUACAUGUUAAAAAGGAAGACAUUGAAAUAAUCAUGAAUGAAAUGUUAAUCACUAAAGCUCAAGCAGAGAAGGUUUUGCGAGAACAAAGUGGAGAUCUUGUGGCUGCCCUAGAAGCUAUAAUAGCAAACUAAUAAAUUGUACAAAAUAUAUGUUAAUGAAACUUAACUACUUUAUAGUUUAGAAAACCUUAGAAAUUUUUACCAAUAAAAAACUUUUUAAAUGUGAAA